GCACUCCCUUCAACCUUCUCACUCUUAACUUAUUCUCUCAAACAUUCUCUUCCAAUGGACAGAAACCAAUCCCGCAGGCAGGUUGCAGCAAUGAAACAGUCCCUCUUUGAUCAGGGGUUACUGGAUGAACAGUUUAUCCAACUGGAGGAAUUGCAGGAUGAUGCAAAUCCCAACUUCGUUGAGGAAAUUGUCACUCUUCACUAUCGUGAUUCGUCACGGCUAAUCUCAAGCAUAGAGCAAGCUCUGAAAGAGAGGAACCCUCUGGAUUUCAACAAGCUGGACACUCUCAUGCAUCAGUUCAAAGGAAGCAGCUCAAGCAUAGGAGCCAAAAAGGUGAAAGCAGAGUGCAAUCUGUUUAGGGAAUAUUGCAGAGCAGGAAAUGCUGAAGGAUGCAUGAGGAGCUUCCAGCAGUUGAAGAAAGAAUAUGCUGCACUUAGAAAGAAACUUGAAGCUUAUUUCCAGUUGGCAAGGCAAGCUGGACCCCAGGAAACUGCAUGUCGCUCCAAAUAAAGAGAGCUGAUGAGAGCUGCAAAAUAAGGCAAAUGUAAUUGGUGAAUUUUGUAGCAUAGAAAAAUAUAUAUUCACCACAGAGAACUGAUGUUCUCCCUUUUGAGAUAUUUUGUUUCAAAAUAUCAUUUUUUUUCCAGAUGUUACAGGAAUAUUACUAAUGUACUUUAUACUUACUAUUUAUAUUAUAUAUACAUGUAAUGUAAC